AAGUUCUCCCAUUUUCCAGCCACAAAGAGUCAGGAAUCAAAAGGUCUGCUUGACAAGCUAAACAAUUUCUCAGCCAAGGACCACAGUUACACAGAAACAAUGCCGUCCACGGAGAAACUACUGCAUUUCUUGUCAAGUUCUUUCUUAUGUGUAGCUGGAGUGGUGUUAUUGGGUUAUGGGAUGUCGGCGGAUUGGGCCGAAGCCGAAAUGGAGUGCGCACCGAUCGAGAGUAACGACUUCAAUGGAUCCUCCAGUCUCAAAAUCGGCCUUUUCAACGGCACAGAGUCCAAAAUCUCCUGCCCCAGGAUUUCCAAACUUGGAGAAAAAGUGCCUGUGUUUGAUCGUCUGGCGAAAUUAGCAGGAGCUCCAAUUAUCCUGCACGCUCUGGUUGUUAUCCUGUUGGCACUGGCUCUUUUGGGGUCUGCAGGCAGUAUUCUGGUCACACUCUAUAACAGCUUCAGCAACCCAUAUCAGACCUACAUGGGACCAAUAGGGCUGUACACAUGUAGUGGACUUAGCGUAUGUGUGGCCAGCUUGGCGCUGAUUCUGUACGUGUCGAACGCCUACCUAGGCGAGAUGCUCCAGACACUGGUGAAAGCUGAUGAGGCCAACGUGAAGUUGAAAAAUGUAAACAUUAAGCUACAGGUGGGGCUUUUCCUUCUGAUACCGUACAUCUGCUUCAACGCGGUCGCCAUCCUCGUGGUCUAUCUGUACGUCCACGCCGCAUACACGCGCCGCAAAGAGCAGGAAAAACCAACGGAGGAUGCGCCGAAAGAGAUCAUGAUGUACUAAAAUCAAAACAAAAUCUGUUUAAAGAUCCGUUUACACCAAAGACGAUUACUAUAAUGUUAACGAUAAAGAUAUAGUUUUGAAAAUCAUCCUAAAUAGCAAAGUCCACACCACAACUAUAACGAUAACGGAACAUUGACAGCCAAUCGGAAUCCACCUUGCUUUGAAGUGCAGAAUGUUAUUGUAUUAUAGUUAUCUUUAUAGUUAUUCUUUGUGUGAACGGGUCUUAACGGGAGAUGAUUUUCAGACCUGAGCUGAACUGAGCCCAUUAUUUUGGAAAUGACACAUUAACUGUGUAGUGAAUUGCAGAACUGAACUUAUCUGAAUUGUGUUUGCCAUGACCACAAAAUUGUAUUAGUUAUAGGCUAUACACUAAAGCCUAAAAGUGUUUGUACUCUUAAAUCACACUAAGAUUGUCAUUGCAUUAGAUUACAGCAUCUCAUAGGCCUAUGCUUCUUGUGCUUUUGCUUUGUAAAAUGUUGUGCUUGUGCUGUUUCUUUAAAAAAAUGAAUGCCAUUUGUUUUCAUAUUUUAUCUGAUGCAUGUUUUAAGUGACUUAAGUGUUCAAAUAUUUUUAUAGGCCACUGCAUAUAUUUUAUUGCACUUAUGUUUAAGAAAUUAAUAUCAGAAACGUUUAGAAAUGUCAUUUACUUGUUUAGCUUUUCUACUAAGAACCUAAAUUUACUUCUAUCAGUUCCUUUAGCCAAUUUAAUAGUUUUUUUGCAUAUUUUAUGUGAAAAUAUUUAGUUCUUACUAUUUAUAUGCUUACGCAUCAAAUGCUGUUGGUUUUAUUGGCUUUUUUAAAUUAUAAACUGUCAAUAUAUUACAAUUCUGUUAUAUCACACAUUCCUACACACAAAUAUUCUGUAAAUAUUGUCAUAACUUUUUAUUACAAUA